AUCCUCUUUGCCCCCGGCCGCUUUAGUGGCGUUAGUAAUAUACAUAGUGUCAUCAGAAUAAUCAAGAAAGAAUAAAAGGAAUUCCUGGAAUCACGUAAUUAUGGUGGGAAUUCAGUAAAUCUCAUAUUCACGGAGUAAAAUAGGAAGUCUCCAUUCUGGCAUAUUGGAAGACGUUACAAUCUCAGAGAAAUCAUAAAAUUAUUAUUUGUUGCCAAUCAGAGUUUACUACUGUCACAACAAUGUUGUCGAGUAUUGUAAAGGAACAUCAGAGCAAACAGCACGCACGAAAAGAACUCCAGGAACAAAAACGCAAAGAGGCUAUACAAGCUGCUAAUAACUUGACCCAAGCACUUGUGGAUCAUCUGAACGUUGGAGUGGCUCAGGCGUAUUUAAACCAGAAGAAACUCGAUGCAGAGGCGAAGCAACUGCAGCAGAGUGCAACGACUUUUGCUAAACAGACACAUUCUUGGCUGACUCUGGUGGAGUCCUUCUCUAGUGCCUUGAAAGAGAUUGGAGAUGCUGAGAACUGGGCCAGAAGCAUCGAGGGAGACAUGAGGACUAUCGCCACUGCCUUGGAAUAUUCUUACAAAGCAACUCAAGAAGUCCAUGGACCCACCCCUAAUCAAUAGCCCAAACAAACAACACUAAAUGUAUGAUCUCAAUCAUUUUAUUAUUAAUUGAUAAUAUACAAUAUACAGUAGAAAAAUCAAUAAUCAAGGGCGGGAAAUAAACAAUCACCACAAACUUGUUCUCUUUAUUAAAUCCAAACAUCCUCAAUCGAUAACAUAAAAGAAAAAUAAACACAAUCAUGAUAAUUGUACAUAAUAUUGAUACGAGGACAGAAGGGAUGGGAUGGUGGAGGGAUUUAGGAUGGGACUGACUGUGGAAUUUACAUAGUAAAUAUAUAUCUUUCCACUUUAAUUUAAUAAACAAUAGUUUCAUUUCUUCAUAGCUUCCCACCGUAAUCCUGUUGUUGGUAUCAAACUGAUAAAGAAUAUGAUCAGCUGAGAACAAUGUACUCUUGAAAAUGAACAAUCGUUGAACAUCUUGAAUACUCUAUCUUCAGGUGCACCCGAAACUUUUUUUUUUAUUAAUGUAUUUUUUUACAUAUCGUCUCUUGCUGAUGCUUUAAUCCCCUCAAAACAUCAUACGUUGAGGACUUUUUAUUUUCACUCUUCAAGUCUCCAAGACUUCUCUCGUCGUCAAACUGUAGAUCAUAUUCUUUGUCACGCGUUAACUUAAACCUUGACUUUUAUAUUUUCUUGAAUAUUGAACUUUAUCGAAUUUUGUUUCUUGUUAUCAGCAUUAAAUCUUCAUGAUAUCUUGCCCAAACAAUUUUUCAACGUUUUUUAUACUUCAAACUUCCCUCUAUCAUCCAAUACCUCUUGAUUCAAAACCUUAUAAACAAACAAAUAUGUUAGAGGAGUUACAGUGUUGCUUUCCAUAUGUAUUAUAUAUUUAUGGUAAUUGCUUAUAAUAAAUGGUUUGCAUAGGUUUUUUUUUUUCAAAGGAAAAAAUUACCACAUUUAGUAGUCGUACCCUCGAGAAUGGGGAAGGAGACUCGUUAAAACGGUUGGAAUACAACUGUCUCAGUGAAAGUUAUCUCUGGAUUUUCAUUCGUUUAUUUAAUUCGUAGAGGAACAAAAAGGAUUGUCGCUAAUCCAGUGGCAAUUCAUUUCGUCCCUUUACCACAAUCAUUUACUCAAUCAAUUAAAAAAUUUAUAAGAAAAUCGAUAGCUCCAUCAUAUUCCAACCUUUACAUUAUAGCCAUAAGAAUAUAGAAAGGAUAUCCCCAAUCUUAUCUCCAUAAUAAAAAAGGAAAGCUUUUUUUAUCACGAAAAAAAGGAUGUCAGUAUUCUCACCUUACUGAGCCCCAAGUGCGUAAUUUAUCAGAAUAAAUUGAAUCACAAAUGAGGGAUUGAAAUUCAAAUAUUUUUCAAAACAUCCCUCAGAACCGAAUGAGUUAAUUCAAAGCGGUUUUAAAAUUUGAACGAAACUUCGAAUAGUGACAAGCAAUGGAUUCCGAAUUCAAUGAAAUGGAAAAAAAUUGAAUGGUAAUUCUAAUUUGCAAUUAACAAUUCCUUAAUUGACUCCACGUUUCAAAAAAAAAAAAACAGGGCAGAGUAAGAUGAGUACUGGACUCUAUCUCCCGUCCACGUCAAACCGACCCCUCGAAAAAAAAA